AUGGAGCAGGCACAAGACGCCCUUGCUGCCCUUGCGAAUACUUUGAGUCCCGAGGCGUAUAACGCCCUCCGGAACAUUUUUGUGGAUAUCGACCACCGGCUUACCCAGGCUCAGAACACGGCUGCUACUAUACAGGACAUCCAACACAUCUUCCAGCAAGCGCUCUCCAACGCCCAGUUCACCGUUAACACCCCUGCUCCCCAACCACCGCCUCCGCCAGCUCCCCCUCAGCCUCGACCCGCUAACAUCAAAGCCGAGCUCCCGUACUUCCGUGCCGGGAUUCUGAGGACGUAC